CGUCUCCUCUUCCUCCGCCUCGUCCUCGCCCUUUCCCCUCCGCGUCCUCCCCUGCCCGGACCACCCACCCAGCCGCGGAUCCGAGGCGCAGAUCCGAUCCGGCGAUGGCGUCCACGGCGGCGAGGCGGCUGCGGGAGCUGCAGGCGCAGCAGGGGAACAAGACCUGCGUGGACUGCGCGCAGCGGAACCCGCAGUGGGCGAGCGUCUCCUACGGGGUGUUCAUGUGCCUCGAGUGCUCGGGCAAGCACCGCGGCCUUGGCGUGCACAUCAGCUUCGUGCGCUCCGUCACCAUGGACUCCUGGACCGAGGCGCAGCUCCGCAAGAUGGAGGCCGGCGGCAACGAUCGCCUCAACGCCUUCCUCUCCGCGCGGGGCGUGCCCAAGGAGACGCCCCACGUUGCCAAGUACAAUUCCAACGCCGCAGCUGCGUACCGCGACCGCAUCGCCGCGCUCGCUGAGGGCCGCCCGUGGACGGACCCGCCCGUCGUUAAGGAGACGCCUGGAUCUGGCGCGCCCGCUCCCGCCAGGAAGCCGCCCUUGCCCGUCUCCGGCAUCAGUGGCGGCGGCGGCGGCGGGUGGGACGACUGGGACGAUGACUUCCGACCGGACAUGAGGCGAAACCAGUCGGCGGGAUCGUUCGGCGCCGCGGGGGCGGAGUCGGGGAGGCAGCCGCCGAGGUCUAAAUCGACGGAGGACAUGUACACGAGGCAGCAGAUGGAGGCGUCGGCGGCCAAUAAGGAGGGCUUCUUCGCCAGGAGAAUGGCGGAGAACGAAUCCAAGCCUGAGGGGAUCCCGCCAUCCCAGGGCGGCAAGUACGUCGGGUUCGGAUCCAGCCCAACGUUGCCGGCGAAUAGAAACGCCGGAGGUGCCCAGGGCGAUGUCAUGCAGGUCGUCUCCCAGGGAUUCGGACGCCUUUCACUAGUUGCAGCAUCUGCUGCCAGUGUUGUGCAAGUUGGCACAAAAGAAAUCCAAUCAAAGAUGAGGGAAGGGGGCUAUGACCAGAAGGUGAAUGAAACUGUCAAUGUUGUUGCCAAUAAAACUGCAGAGAUUGGAAGCAGGACCUGGGGGAUUAUGAGAGGAGUAAUGGCGAUGGCCUCGCAAAAGGUCGAGGAGUAUGCCAAGGAAGGAGGGGUGGGCGGUUGGGGUGAUGAUUGGCAACGCAGAGAGCAGAACAAUGAGGCUUACCAAAGGUUUGAGCAUGAGACCAACGGCAACGGGUGGAGUUCUUCUCAGAAUUCUUCGUCAAAGAAUUAUAAUUCAAAUUCUUGGGAUGAUUGGGAUGACCAAGGCAAGAAGGAUGAGCCUGCGAAACCACAUCAGGGAAGUGACUCCUGGGCCGGCUGGGAUGAUGGGAAAGAUGACAGUUUUGAUAGUUACAAUCACAGCACCGCCAACAAAGGGAGCAAUCAGAAUGGGACCUCCGGCGGCUCAUUUUGGACGGAAGGUGGCUUCCGCUGAAGUUGGUCUCGUUCUAUAGUACAGUGGUUCGUAUUAUUCAGGAUACUGAUGUUCAAGUAAAAGGGUUUGUGCUUUCGUACGGUAUCUACAACUGUUAUGUCUAGUGGUAUAUUGCUGUGGUCAAGGCUCAUUCCAAACUGUCAUCCCAUUACUAAGAAAUGUCGAUUUGAAACUGUAAUUUACACAAAACUUUCUCGCAUAUUCUUUAUUGCUUUCAUUGGUUUUGUACUACAUAUACUAGCUGUGGCAAAAUUUGCCCUAGUUGAUAUUCUGGUGGCCAAUGUGUUCCAGCCCUAUGAAUUAGGUGUAUUUAUCUGAUCUUAUUGCUGUUGCUUGGCGCCGUUC